AUGGGCAUUUCCGGCCUCCUACCGUUGCUCAAGUCGAUCCACCAGCCAUGUAAUCUCAAGAAGUUUGCAGGCAAGACACUAGGCGUGGAUGCCUAUGGCUGGCUACACCGAGGCACGGCUGCCUGUGCUAUCGAGUUGGCGCUGGACAAGCCCACCACCAAAUACAUCGACUUUUGUAUGGGUCGUGUUCGCAUGCUCAUCCACUUCGGGAUUACACCUUAUCUAAUCUUCGAUGGAGGCAGCCUACCGAGCAAGGCUGGCACCGAGAAAGAUAGACGAGAAAGGCGGAAAGAGGGCAAGAGGCUGGGACAGGAACUGCUGAAGGUUGGCAAGACUGCACAGGCUCAUCUGGAACUGCAAAAGUCCGUCGAUGUCACCCCGGAAAUGGCGCAGAGGUUGAUUGAGGAACUGAGGCUCAACAACAUACAGUACAUUGUCGCACCGUACGAAGCCGACCCCCAGAUGAUUUACUUGGAACGCCAGGGUAUCGUCGACGGCAUCCUGUCUGAGGACUCCGAUCUUCUGGUCUUCGGCGCCAAAUGUUUGAUCACCAAGCUUGACAAGUACGGAGACUGCGUCGAGAUCAGCCGAAAUCGCUUCACAUCCUGUAAAGAAAUCAGCUUUGUGGGUUGGUCUGAUGCCGACUUCAGAUGGAUGGCAAUUCUCAGUGGUUGUGAUUAUCUACCUGGCAUUGGCGGGCUGGGCUUGAAGACCGCUCAUCGCAUGCUGCGAAAGCACAAGACCGUUGAUCGUCUCGUCAAAGCUGCACAGUUUGACGGAAAGUUGAAGGUUCCUGCUGGCUUCCUUGCAGCGUUCGAUCAAGCGGAGAAGACGUUUUUGUACCAAUGGGUGUUUUGUCCGGUUGCGAAUCAACUGGUCAACUUGACCCCUCUUGCAGAUGGACUCAAUGUCACCGACAUGCCGUUCAUAGGGGAGGAGGUACCAGCACAUCUCGCUAUGGGCGUAGCUCGGGGCAACCUGAACCCAUAUACCAAACUACCUUUCACGGUCGCUGGUAAAGCUAAAUCGAGUGGCAAUCCUCUAGCUCCGUCACGGAGGGUCUCUUCCAAUGUCCAAACUCCAGACCCGAAAGGCUCGAAGACGAUAAAUUCCUUCUUCAAGCCGAAGCGAACACCCUUGGCCGAGUUGGACCCGAACAUCUUUACCCCGUCUCCAAGUCAGCAAGUGCUGCUUGAACAACAACGAAACAAUAAUGGAUGGGCAGCAGUUCCCACUCCACGCUCGAGCAUACAACGAGCUCCAGUCCCUAGUACUGGGCCACAAGCUCUCAGACGAGUCGUUACCGACUCAAGUGUAGGCAGACGAUCUGUUCCAAAUCCGUCUAAGAGACAACGGCUUUGCUCUGAUACUGCUACCAACACACCAGCCCCUGGCGGCGAGGGUAUUGUGCGCAGUCAAUUUUUCCCUUCCACAGUGCCGGACCCCAGUCCAUCACUUCGCCAAACGAAGAACAGUAGAAGGCAGACGACACAGGGCUUCAGCUUGCAUUCGGACGAUUUGGUCGAAGAUGAUUUGGCGGAAGUGGCCGAUCUAGAACAAGCUGCCUCGCAACCAAAGAAGAAGAUGAGGAUCUUUUCAGAGGAUUUCCGAUCAAGCAUGCAAAGCGAGUCACAGUCGACGACUGCCUCAGGAAGCACGACUUGGCAGUCUCAAGAGUCUGCUGGUGCGUCCACACCCGCGACAUCACAGGGCAGCCCGGAGCCCGAGUCUGUGUUCAGUGCUGGCAUCUCCUCGCAGAUGAAGGACUUGCGGUCCAAGUUUACAUACAACGCCUCUGCACUGUCUUCAGCGAGUACGCCAUGUCUUACCAAAUCCACGCUGCGUAAGCUAGACAUUGAAGCAUCGGCGCCUUCACCCUGCCCUGUUGGCGCUGUUCUCAAGCCGCUAGAGAAGACUCCCGCUAAACCCAUCCUCCCAGGAACUCCCCCUGCUGUUGAUCAAGAGCUCGAACUGGAAGACUCGGCAUGGUCCGCUAUGGAAGCUCAAGUUGUCGUCGCUGCCAGCUCACCGCCCCCUAUGACGCCCGCGAAACGGAGACGAUCAUCUUUGAAGGGGAGCGAGGAUUUACUUGUGCCGGACAGCGAGGCUGAAAGCGAGUGUUCGCCUCGCAAACCCUUGUUCAACCUGGCGCGAUUCGCUUUUGCAGGGUAG